AUGGAAAUCGUAGAAAACUUGGGAGAUGUAUUGUUUAAAGUGGGCUUGUUUGUUUUAGUUCAAGCUCUAGUGUAUCUUAUUUUAUCCCAGUCUUCCAACGUCUUCUCCAACACACAAAGGUCCUUUAGUUUCAAGCCUGCGCGGUCGAUCAGCAUUCGGCGGAUGGCGGCAGCUUUGGCGGAUAUCCCGGCCGGAGGAGAGUCGUCUCCUACUGCUAAUUAUGGAAGAUCUCUCACCAGACAGAAGUCAACCUUGCAGGAAUAUUAG